AUGGCUGGGAGGGGAGUGGGGGGUGGUUGGCGCGGUGGGAAGGUCGCACGUCUCCUGCUGCUGCGCUUUGUGCUGCUAUUUGAGGUGGUGGUGGUCCUUUUCCGUGCGCAGGACGAGGUUGUGGCAGCCACGGCGGGUGUCGAGGUUGACGCAAAGCAGCCCACCGACGGUGAUCGCGCGCGCGUCGCCGAUCCCCGCACCUGGCAGGCCACGCCCUUACUGUCGACUUUGGAUGGUGUACAAGCUGCUGCGGCUGUAGACAUAGAUCUGGAUGGUGACCCAGAUGUUGUGGCUGUUAGCAAGGCCAACAAUCGGGUCGCAUGGUUUCGAAACGACGGGCAUGCGCGAUUUUCCGAGCCCAUUAUUAUCGGCGAAGCGGCACGUAGCGUACGUGCCGUGGCUGUGGCUGACCUGAAUGGUGAUGCUUGGCCAGACAUUGCAGUCGCCUGCUUUUCGAGCAACAGCAUUCUCUGGUAUGCCGCCCACGGCCUGGGCCGCUUUGCUGAGGCUCGUGUAGCUGUGGCAAACUUGGGUGGUCUGAUUGACGUGGUCGCGGGCGAUCUUGACCACGACGGCCAUACGGAUCUGGUUGGAGCUUCGUUCUACAACGACACCAUCUUUUGGCUCCGCAAUGACGGAUCCGGUGCUUUUGGCAAUCCCAUCGUUCUAUCAGACACUGCCGAUGGAGCCAUGGCAGUGCACCUGGCCGACCUGAACGGUGAUGGUGCGCUGGACGUUAUCGCGGCCAGUACCAACAACAAUGCCGUGGUCUGGUUCCAAAACCAGGGCCACGCGCAAUUUUCCAGCGCUCGAACAAUUGACAACGAGGCGACCCUCGUGGAGGGUGUUGCCGCUGCGGAUCUGAAUGGUGACGGUGCCCUUGACAUCGUCAGCGCACAUCAAGGCAGUGGGACUGUCGCCUGGUACCAAAACCUGGGUGGCGGUGCCUUUGGUCCUGCACAGAUUGUAACACAGAGCUUGACAGGCGCCUCGAGUGUUGCGGCGGCCGACCUUGAUGCCGAUGGUCACGUUGAUCUUCUUGCAGCAAGCUACCAGAGCAACAGUAUCCAGCUUUUCUGGAACCAGGGUCAUGGCUCUUUCAACGCCACGCCUGCCGGCAUGAACGUCCUAUCCAAUACCAUCCGUGGGCCCCGCACCACCCUCCCCACGGACAUUGACCAGGAUGGACGCCUAGACGUACUCAUCAGCAGCAACUUCGAUGAUAUGGUGGCAUGGUAUCGCAAUCAAGCCACGCAAAACUUUUCUCAACCACAUGUCCUCAUCCAGCGCAAAUCUUUGGGACCUCGUAUGGCGCUUCCCGUGGAUGCAGAUGGCGACGGUGAUAUGGAUGUCUUGGUGCCCUGUCGCAUGGCCAAUGAACUGUUGUGGCUGGAAAACCGAGGGGCUGGCCACUUUGCAGGCCGGGUUGUAGUUGCCACUGAUUUUGACGAUGCCCAGGGCAUGGCGGUGGUUGAUGUCUGGGGCCAUGGUGACCCCAUUGUGGUCGGUAUCAGCCCGCUAGAGAGUACAGCGCGUUUCUUUCAGCUGCAGACAGGUGGUCGGGUGACGCCGCUCACAUCCAUCGCCGCUCUCAUGGACGCAUGGUAUGUAACCGCUGCAGACUUGAAUAACGAUGGCCGCGACGAUCUGUUGAUCGUGCUCAACAGCGCUGGUCGCGUGGUCUGGCUUCCCAACGGUGCCGACGGAGGGCUUUUGACGGCGUCGCCUUUGCCGGUGACCAACAACGCCUCGGGUGUUAGAAGUGCAUGUGCUGUGGACGUGGAUCAAGAUGGUUGGCUUGAUAUUGUCACUUCGAGCGGGGACGCGUUUGGUCUUGGUCCUGCCUGGUAUCGGAAUGAGGGGAAUGGCAGUUUUGCCGCUGCUCGCUUCUUGUCAGGUGGGACAACAGAAGCUGUCGCAUGGGUCACGGCCACUGACCUCAGCGGUGAUGGUUUACCUGACGUACUGAGUGCCAGCCCUACCGGCGCCGAGGUGGUAUGGUUUCGCAAUUACGGCAAUGGCUCUUUGGCUGCCGCCCAGAAAAUCGACAUCCUUGAUGGUGCUACGUGUGUGCAAGUGGCCGAUCUCGACGCAGACGGCUGGCCAGACGUUUUGGCUGCUGGGUUGCAUGCGGGCACUGUGCGCUGGUACCGCAACUUGGGCAACGCUACCUUUGGACCCGGUGUUUCCCUGGUUACGGAACUGUCUGGUGUACGCACAAUCUUUGCGGCCGAUAUCGAUGGUGAUGGAGAUCUUGAUCUGGUCAGCGCCAGAUAUGCGCACCAUGAGGUCACUUGGUACGCCAAUCCUCUGCUCAACUACACUGGGUCGGUUCAGGAAGAAAUUACGACGACGGGACCGGCAGUGAAAGCCGCGCCGUCCUCGAGCACUCCGGGUGCUGUGCUCGCGCCUCGUGCAAGCACGACCAGGCCUGCACUGGUGGGAGGCGUAGUGGGUGGCCUCGUAUCCCUGCUCUUGCUGCUUGGCGUUGUCCUGUGGCUUCGUGGGCAACGGCGGCAGCCUCGAACAUUAAGUUGGCGUCGUGGGACUGUCAAUCCAGCACUGAGCAGCAACGCCACGCUGCCCAUGUCCGCUGCAGAGCAGAUUGAGCUCUGUCUGCACCAAUUCCAGGCCCAGCUUGCUCGCUCCGCAGAUGCCACCACCCUUUCCGGACCUGCGAUGCCGUUGCCCCCCAUGACCUUGGUUAUGUUCUGGCCCGUUGCGCUAGUACUGGAGUACGCCGAUCAAGGCGACCUUCGCACGCAUGUCCGCCGUCGGGCCAGCCACCUGCAGCUGGAGGAUCAGCGAGCUUGGGUACAGCAGAUUGUCAGUGGGCUCGCGCAUGUUCAUGCCUGUGGCUUGGUACACCGGGAUCUGGCCUGCCGGAACGUACUGCUUUUUUCAACGCCCAACAGUGCCUGCCCCACAGCCAAGCUAGCGGAUUUUGGGCUGGGCAGUGUGUGUGCAGUGGGCAGGAGCGGCGGCGGCAGGGAGAUCAGGAAGAACAGGAACGGCAAUAGGAACGGCAACAGGAACGGCAACAAGAACGGCAACAGGGACGGCAACAAGAACAACUGGGAGGAUGAGGGACAAAACGCGUCGCCGGCCUUGUCGACGAGCAACGGUGACGUGAUUGUGGAGCUCAAGGCAGGCAAGGAGUUGUCCGAGACCCGAGCCGACGCUACAACUGAGCACCAGGCCGUCAAUGUGGGUCUUCAAGCCAUCAACCAGCAACUGGCCACGCUGAACGGAUCCACUCAGGCCUUGGGCAGCAGCGUCACGCACGUGAAUGAGCGCGUGGAUCAGGUCAACGCAAGCAGCCUGGUCUUGCAGAGUCAUCUGACCCAAGCCGGUGGACAGAUCACAUCCUUGGACGCACGCGUGAACAAUCUCAACUUGACCCUGAUGGAUGCAAGCGCACACCUUGCGAAUCUCUCUUUGGUUAAGGCGGACAAGGACACCGUGAUUGAAGCCAUUGCCCUGAGCUCCGACUCCGCCCGAGCCUACGCCGAUGAGGUUGCGGCAGAUGUGAGCGCCGAGGCAGCUGCCGCCCGUCUGGAUCUGCUCAACACCAGCGUGUACACUUCCUUAAACUCGCGCUUGUUGCAGUUGGAAGAUACAUUUGUAACCGAGGAGGACCUGGCUGAGGAUCUCGACCAGGUCUUGAUGGAAGUAGGCGAGACUCUUGAUCGCAAUCUCGAGUACGUCUAUGGCAAUCUCUCCCUCAUCAAUGCCACGUACGGUGGCUCGACCUUCCACGCCAAUGCCGACAACAUCCUCAACUGCUUCUCGCAAGGCUCCGUCUACGAUGCUGACCUUGGCCGUUGCGUACCCACGUUUCUGCAUCGUGGCUGUGUGGCUGAUGGUCCUUUGGUUGCCAAUGCUGCACCUGUCACGUGCGCCAACACGGCUUUUGGUGACACAUGCACUAUGAGCUGUGCAUCUGGCUUCGAAGCCGCCAAUACCGCUGAGUUUGAGUGUAACGAACUGGCUCAAUGGGUUCCAACUUCGGGUAGCCCCUUGACCUGUACUGACAUUAACGAGUGUGACACCGCGGGCACUUGCCCGCCCUCCUCAACCUGUGCCAAUCUGCCGGGCACGUUUGAAUGCCAGUGUGACGGGUUUACCAUUGCUCCUACCGAAAAGGGCUGCUAUGGUUUGUAUGUUGAAUUUUUGUCCACGCCAGAGAAGCUGCUCUUUGACUUUACUUCCCAGUGCCAAAAGAUUGAGAAGACCGUUUCUGACAACAUCCCCACCAACGCCGUUGCGGUGCUGGCAUCGUUGACUACCUUCAAUUCGCAACGCAACGACCACGUGGUGUACUCCCUCGGGCGCGACAACAGUGUCACUUGCUACUUUCACCACAACCAGGUCUACGAGGCCAACACGUACUUUAACGAUGUCUUGCAAACGCAGAACGGCGAUGCCGGAGGUGCGCAAUACUUUGGAGCCAACACUGGAACAGCCAUUAUUCCGCUCAACGGCCGAACGGUCAAGGGCCUUAUUGAUGGAGUGACGCAGGGAACCAACUACAUGACGGUGUACAUCUAUGGCUAUCUGACCGGCGCUGGGCGCUCAACCAUCCUGGACGUGGACAAGGUCAACAACGUCCUCAGCAGCUCGACAUCGGGCUUUGACCGCUAUAGCAUGAAGCCGAUCAAUCUCCCAGCCACGGGUGUGACGGGCUUGCUGACCACCACCACCACCUACGUCACCACUCUGGGGGAUCACUACAAUGUGGUCCUGGGCCGUGACUCCAAUGUGCCCCAGAAUUACAAUGAGGCGCCCUACACUUCUACAAACAACUACUGGGGUGACAGUACCAUCACCAGUGAGGGCGAUCAAUCCGAGGCCAAAAACUACUACGGCACUAGCUCCUUCCUGAUGACGGCAAGCUCGGACGACGGUACGGUCCAGGUCAACAAUGGCAUGGGCUUUAACGGCGCAGGCACCAUGUACCUGACCAUGGCAGUGUUUGGCUACAUUCCGGCCGAGCAAUUCACCAACUUCCGCUGGGUCGACGUGUCGGCGUCCCGACCCAUCAAGUUUGACAUCAAAGGGCGCACCAUUCAGACUGAUAUCCUGCCGCCCACAGCUACCGGUGUUCCAACGAGUGCCAAGGGUUUGAUUGUUUCUGCCUACACCUACGAGCCUCGAGGCAGCUCGGAUCAUGUCGUGCAUACCUUUGGACGUAAUGCUAACCACGGCAGUGCAUGGGAUAACAAUAUCCAUGACAACAACGAUUACUACAAUGACGUGCAGAUUUCUCACGAUGGUGAAAACGCAGCUGACUACUACUAUGGCCACUGGCAUGGCACGCAUAUCAUUCCCCUCAAGGGAAAUGGCGCCUUUGAUGCCGUACUCUGUGAUGGCGAGUCAACCCCAACUGUUUCACACUACGUGGUGCUUCAAGUUGUGGGCUACAUUGCGGCUUGA